AUGGGGACCUUCGACCUGUGGACGGAUUACCUGGGUUUAGCGGGUCUGGUUGGGGCCCUGUGUAGGGAGGCGGAGCCCGAGACCAGGCUGGACCCCGAGACCAGGCUGGACCCCGAGACCAGGCUGGACCCCGAGACCAGGCUGGACCCUGAGACCAGGUUGGACCCCGAGACCCCGCUGGACCCCCAGUCGGAGCUAGGAGCCCAGAAGGCCAGCUUGGAGUCCUUGCCGGCGCCCGAACGCCUGUGCUCCUUCUGCAAGCACAAUGGGGAGUCCCGGGCCAUCUACCAGUCCCACAUGCUGAAGGACGAGGCGGGCAGGGUGCUGUGCCCCAUUCUGCGCGACUACGUGUGCCCCCAGUGUGGCGCCACGCGUGACCGCGCCCACACCCGCCGCUUCUGCCCGCUCACGGGCCAGGGCUACACCUCCGUCUACAGCUACACCACCCGGAACUCGGCUGGCAAGAAGCUGGCGCGGCCUGACAAGACCAGGACGCAGGACGCGGGCCACCGCCGAGGAGGUGCCGGUGGCUGUGCAGGUGACCGGGGUGCCGCGAAGUGUCCCGAGCCCGCGCCCUCCACCGGCUCUCCCUCCGCCUCCACCUAGGAGGGCCCGCGCUCGACGGGGAAGACGCGCCCUCCGCGGACCGCCAGGCCCCUUCCCGGCCGGGGCGCUGUCGGGCGAGACGGCCGCUGCGAGGAAGGAG